CCCAAUAUAUACUGUUUUAGUUUUCUCAAUCAGUGCUCAAAUCUUGCCAGAGCCCUUAGUUUCAUAUAAUAACCGUAACUCGGUGUGCUAUGGUCCGGGGACACAUGGCCAGUUUCGUCCAUCCUGUCCGUACAACGACAGCGUCAUCGCGGUCCAACAACUGAGAGUAGGUUCGAAACCAAUAGAAGCUGACUGUCCAAUCAGCGUAACUGAAUGGACAGACCAUACCGGAAGUUACCUCGUGGAUCAUUCGGAUACUUCUAAAGUUCUAAACGAGACUGCAUGUUGCUUUCCGGAUGAACAUCGGGACUGUACGUUCGUUUAUGAUUAUGCAACGUCUGGCUUGGAAUACAAGUAUCAUAUCAAUUCGUCCGGAUAUACAAAAAGCCCGCCAAAUUUGGAAGUUUCAUGGGAAAAGACACGUUGCAAUAACACAUCAAAUUAUCACAGUGGCACCAAUUUCAUGUAUAUGGACUACUCGUGUAUUAAACGUAAGAAAAUAGGUAAUAUGUGUUCUAAUGGCACAUUUACGCCAACCGAUGGUCCAUUUUACCUGUACAAUACUGAUUACCCGAGCAGUAUGGAAGCAACCGUCGGUGUCUGUCAAUGCGAGAUCAAAUCGGACUCAGCCAAUAUUCAGUUCUACUCUAUUGAUAUUCGUCUGGAAAAAUAUGGGAACGAAUGCAAACAAACAUUUAACGUAACAGAUUCUGAAGGAACGGUUUACUGGGAUUGUGAAUCUGCUCCGAUUUUCAACGUUACCAAGUUGACGAAGAAUCAGGUAGUAACAAUCACAUUUAGAAACAAUCUUCCGGUGGAUGGAGGUCAUGUCUGGAUAGGUUUCUCAGGUGACAGUGAUGAUACAUUAAAAAUUGAUUGCACUCAUCAACUAAAGGAAGUCACAGUUCAAUCUACAACGCCACUUCAUAGUACAAACAGUGCACAAGCGACAGAUGAAUUAACAAGAACUCAAGGCUCAACAAUUGAACAUGAAUCCACUUCCACUGAAGAAACAACAAAUCGACAUGAACCUGUAACCACCGACAGUACAUCAAGCUUUUAUGAAACAACAAUAUUCACUGAACCAUCUCCAAGUAUUACUAAAACAACAGUAACUGCCAUAGCCACAACAAGAGUACAUGAGUCAACAAAGGAAACCACCAAUACGGAUGUGUCAGCAAGUACCACUGUUUUUCAAACUACUUCAACAACUAAAAACAUGAUAACAGAUGGAAAAACCGGAACAAGGGAACCUAUAACUACGACCAAAGGGGCUUCAUCUAUACCUGAUCCAUUUGCUACAAGUACACAAAAUGUAAUACCGACGACGCAAUCAUUGACUGAACAACUAAAGAUUGUCAUCAAAGAAGAAUCUCGACUAUUUCCAAUCAUGUUAGCUAUUCUUCUAAUCAUGGUUUUUUGUGUAAUUGUGGUGUUAGUUUGUUGGCUUAUAGGAAGAAACAGAGGUGAACGUCAGAUUUCUCCUGGAAGGGAUGGGCAAGAAACUGUGAUCGAUAUUUCAGACGAAAAUGCUAACAAGAGAAUUGGGGAAAGGACUAAUAACAAAAAUGAAAACACUGUUGCUAGUACCGCUAAAGUUGUAAGUCCUACACAUAGCUACCUACAAGUUGACGGUGUACCCAGUGAGGAUGACUUAUCUUCAAUAAGGCAUAAGGCAACUGUCACAAAUGACGAUGGGACAGUUAAAAAUGUUCAAUGUGUUAAAAGCACCCAAACUGAUAAUAACGAUAAUAAGACCAAUGAAGUUGUAAGUCCUACAAAUAGCUACGUACAUGUUUGGGGUGCAUCCAGUGAGAAUGACUUUUCUUCACUUAGGCAUGGGGCAGCUUUAAAACAUGAGGAUAAAACAGAGCAAAAUAGUCAAUAUGUUGAAAUGACGCAAACUGAUAAUAACGAUGAUAGGACCUCUGAAGAUAGAAGCCCUACAAAUAUCCACUUAAGUGCUAGCGGUUCCUCCAUUGAGAGAGCUCCUUCACAAAUUCAUAGAGGACCUUUCAAAGAUGAAGCUAAAACAGAGCAAAGUAUUCCAUAUACUGGAUCCAUGUAUAUGGAAAAUAACGAUAAAAAUAACACCGGACGCAACUUAACGUCUAUUAAUACAGAAGGUCCUGUUAAUGAAAGAGAUGACAACGGUGAGAUUACAACUGAGCAACGUCUCCAAAGCGAUGAAAUCAUGCAUAUAGAUUCUAGUGAUCGUGACAACUCCGAAAGUAGAAUUUUAGAGAGUAUCCACAUUCAUGAAAAAGAAAGAGAUGUAAAUGGUAAAGGUACAGUAAGGCAAUGGGAUCAACGUGAGCAAGGCACGCAAACAGAAUAUAAAGUAACAACGCUUCGAAAGGGUGGAAAAAUAGAGAGAUAUGCUACAUCUUUUGAACAUACCUUAAAUUCACUACCAGAAGAAGAUAUAUGUGGCGAGAACGAGACUGGUCAACUAGUGUUACAGCAUCCUGGCAGCCCUAAAAACAAAAAGAGGCACAAAAAGAGGCACGAAAAGAAAAACAGACCAAAGUAAAUGUUUAGUGUCCCUCUAUCACAAAAUUGCUCAAUCAAUACAAACUAAAUAAUUUACAUCCAAUGUGUAGAGAUGAAGGUACCAUAUUGACUUCAUAUAGAAAUGUAUUUCGGAGCCAAAUUAGGAAUGAAUACGAAAUAGGAAAAGCGACGACCCAAGAAUGUAACUCAUUUCAACCGUGACUACAUGUAUAUAGCAGUGUAAGUUUGUAUAUAUACGAAUGCUGUAUCGACAAAAAGAUACAGGCGUCGAUGAAACGGUUAAUGGUCCCAACAUCCUCACUGUUAUAUACGCGAAGAUCAUAAAUGGCACGAUAUGUAAGACACUAAAAUGACUUUAAACAGUGAUAGAAAGAAAACUUGAUAAGACAUAUACAUGAAAACGGACUAAUAAGAGAAAUAUCAUUUAAAGGUAGGAACCGACUAAAGACUAAUAUCGAGAGCGCAGAACUUGAUUUCAAGAACUGGUAUCAUGGAGUGUUCCACUGGUUCGUUUCGUAAGACUCUGAAAAGAAAAACAUAGCAUCUCACCGAAGGAGGGCAAGACAUCCUAGAAGUAAAAAAAACAUUUUAGUGAAUCUAUUAUAAAACCUCUUUUGUCAAAGAUGACCCGAAAUCACCCCUGUACACUGCGUUUGUAAUCAUGCCUCAUGUUUGUUGUUGUUGUUUUUUUUUGUUUUGUUUUUUAUAUAUAUCUUAUGUAUAGCUCCAAACUAUUUAAAUUCAUCUUUUAUUUCGUUCUGUGAACAACACAUAAAUUAACUAGUUUGGUCUUAGCCUUAUGUAUUAUAAGUCGUGUUGAUUUCUUUCUAGUUCUAGUAUAACGUCGCACCGAAAAAAUGGCACUGGGCAUGUGCCAACUUUCCAGCUUUGAUGGUGGAGGCAAACCCCAGGCGACCCUUUACUUUGCAUUACUUCAACAUGAGCCGGCACUUUGGUGGUGUAAGAUAGCUUAAUGUCUUCCUCACAAGCGAUUAAAAGUCAGUGACCUUGACCACUAGGCCAAAGAGGCCACCAAAGGUUUUGACGACAUAGUCUUUUAAUCAGUUAUAUACCGUAUUUAAAAAGUCAAAAAGGGACGAAAAAUUUAAAUGCGAAUCAUAUAAAAGUUUAAAAGGCAUAAUUAGACAUUUAUGUGUAUGGAAUCUCACCUUAACUGUUUACAGUUUUGAAAAUAAAAAGCAUUAACUUUGUCAUCUAAAUUUUCUUGAUGCAUCCUUUCAGCAAAAGCGUAGUAUAUUUAACUAAUUAGAUAUGGAUGAUGCCAAAGAAUAUAUUUACUGAAAAUAAAGUUUCUAAACUACAAUUGCACAGAAAUCUUACAAAACAUAGAAACACUUGAUGGAAGUUCAAAAGGAUGUACGAGCGUUUUUUUUCUUGUUUUUUUUUCAUGAUGUCCGCCAUUUUGAAAAACGUUUCUGCAAAUAUUGCUGUCUAACUGCUGCUUUUUUUCAAAAAAUAAUGAACCAUUUUACCUAGUAGAUUCUCGUUUUUGCGAAAACUCUUUUCACCAAUAUAUUUGGCAUUAACAAUUGGAUAAGAAGGUAAUUUCAAAUAUCUAUUUCUUUUCCAUUGGAAAUACUAUUGCCGGGUUAUUAUGCCAUUAUGUAAAAAUGAAAGAGAUUUUUCAAGUGACAUUUAUGCUUAGAUAUUACUGAUAUUACCGUGUAUUCAUAUUAAACUGUAAGACCUGAAAUCCCUGAAACAUUAAGCGGGAUCUUAUAUACUUUAUAAAGUAGCAUCAUUUUUCAAUUUUACAAAAUUUCAGAAAUCCUUAAACAGUGGGUUAAGAUAAUGCCCUAUACAACUAAAACGAGUUAGGUGAACUGUGUUUUGUGCCCCCAUUAUGAGUGGAAGGGGCAUUUAAAUUUGGUCUUGUCCGUCCGUGCUUCUGAAAAAAAAAUAUAAAUUCAAACCGAAAUUCUAAUGAUAAUAGAGUGAAUGUGCAAAAAAAUAAAGUCAAUUAUCAGGGCAUCUUUUUUCCCGAAAGUCAGUCUUCGAACAGUCCGCUAUACACUGGAAAAUGACAUUUGACGCGUUUUUAGUUGCCAUUUAUUUGCGAAAUCGCUGGCUUUGUACUUCAGUUUUUGCUUUGACGUUUCUUGUUCAGUUACUUCGAUAGGUUUUAUAACUAUAAAAAGUAUAAUAUCACAUAACUUAAUCAAAGAUAUGAUAAUUAGUUUUUCACUUUGUUCAGGGCAACCAACUAUCACUAUUUACAAUGUUUCAAAAAAGAGCAUAAUACAGCACACAGCACAGUAUCAAAGCCGUCGUAAUCACUCUUCUUCCAAUACCAGUCUGUGAAAUAAUACUAGUAACUGUUAAAGUAUUUAGAUAUCAACGUGUUCUCGUUAAAUAGGAAGUUUACCAUGUAUGAAUGUUUAGUAGAACAAACAAAUCCUAAUUUCUGCAAACAGUAAUAACGGAAUAUAAUUGUUCUAAAACUUCUACAUAACAUAUACAAGUCGAACUAAAAAUUUAACUUCAUGGUGGUCCGUCCUACAAGGUUGCACAUACCUCUAAUAAAAUACUUUCUGUUGUUAAAUAUUUUUAUGUUUCUCGGUAAGAAUUACGUAUUAACAAAUUUUGCUUAGCGUUGAUCAUUUUGAAAAGAUUAAACACUUUAUACUCCGGCUGAAUAAAUCUAAACAGAAAACAAAGUUUCUGUUGAAAAGAUACUAUUUGCUUUUCAAUACGAUCAUAAUUUAGCCGGCCUAUUACGCGUUACAAUGCGGCUGCUGCAGUUCUACAAGUAACAAAACCAAAGUGCAUUGAUCAGUGUUCAAGAUGACUUAAAAUAAAGGUGGUUGACCAGAUUUUGGUCAACCAAUGGAUUUGUUCAUAAAUGAACCUAAUGAUCAUAUGGAUUUAUUUAUGUUCACCGAGUUCACGUCUAAUUUUCACUGGACGUAUUUUUAAAAUUUGAUUUUCCUAUCCUGGUUGCCUGACUAAGAGAGUAUUAGUUUAAUUAAGUUAAUUCAACAUGUUUCACCUCAGGGAUAAUAUUAAUAUAAGUAUAACAGUAUUAAAGUUGUCAAGGAUUUGCAUUGACAUGUAGAUUCUCUUCAAAAUUACUUAGAGAUGCAAUUUAUAAAAGUCUUCCUACAACCCUUUAUCUACAAAUAUAGGUUAGAAAUAGAUGAAUUAUGAAGCUACAUACUGUUUUAAAACUUGCCUUCUGUGUCAGCUUGCUAAAUUAUCCCAGAAUUAAUCAAAUGCAAAUGUUAAACUAGAAAUUGCAUUAAAAUCCAAAGAAGUAGUCCACCUUUUAAAUACUUUAUUGAUAAAGGGAGGCAAUUGCAAAAUUUUAUACAAAGCAACAAAACCACAUUUCCAAUAGAGAUCUAAAUCUAUGUAAUGGGUCUUUUUGUUCAUUUGAUAAGUUUCUACGAGACUAUGUGAAAACUGAAAAACGUCAUUAACGUCAUUGCUCAAGUCUGAAUGAUCACCUAUAAUCAAUAAGAAGGUUAAACUUUGGCUGAUAUUCAUAUCAAGAAGAAUAACCUGAGUUUUCAAUAGAUACUUAAAUGUUGAUAAGAAAUUGAAUUGGCGAGAAAACUGGAAACCAAGUUCGAUAAAGUUUGUUGAUAUGUUCACGGCUUGACAUAUUUUAUAGAAAAUAUUUGUUCAUUCAGACAUGAUACUUAUGCCCAAUUUCUGAGUACUUCAGAUUCUCUUUCGUGUGAAAGGUCUUUCUUUCACUGAGACGCUACACGGUUAUAAUUCAUAACACCUUUAUUUCAAGGUGACAUAUACUUUAAUUACAUAUUCAUCGCCAAUAAAGUUAUGAUCAAUCUACGUAAUAUAUUUCACAGAUUGAUUUUCUUAACUUGACGGAAGUUUGCUUUCGUUUUAUUUGUUUAUUAAUGUCAUAUCCAUAUUUACUUUCUAAUGUAUUCAUUCAAAGUAUUUCAAUAUGAUAUUUUAUGUCGUAUAAGAAUUACAUUUGACUGUAAUGUAUUUUAGAUAAAUAGCAUUAAAUUCCCAACAACAAUACUACUACAAAUAAGCUAUGCCUGCUAACUAUGGCAAAUUAAUUCGUUAAAUUAAAUGUAUCUAAAACCUGACUAAAAUAACUGAUAAAUAAACUAAACUAAAGUAGUUUGUGAUUUGUGUACUAGACUUGCCCGUCCAGUAAAAACAGUCUAAUACAGCUAAGCGUGUUUGCACUAGUCACAUGCUAAAAUGGUAAAAUUAUGCUUCCUGCUAUCUAUUAUUUUUUAACGGAGAGCGGUGGUCUUGAGGUUAAGGUGUCGGCCGCUCGAUCCAGGGGUCAUGGGUUCGAACCUUACUAGAGUCAUGACCAUGACUUCACACCAGUACUGGUUUCUCCAAGAAGCGGGAUAGAGAAUGGUUCCAAUAAGCUUGACGCUUUCAUCACAUUCGAGCUAAAACAAAUUUAGUAUUUAACUAAACUAUAUAUACAUUUGUAUAUGAUUAAUAUGAUAUGUAUAUAGAAUUAAAUUCUUAAAGAAUUAAGGAUCAAUAGAUAAUGUAGAACAUUCGCCAGUUUGAUAUGAUGUUCCACGAAAACACAUCAAAUACAAACUUUAAUGCGAAAUCUUGUUAUUAUUAAUACAUACAUUUUACGCCUCUGAAUGCUCCUGAUUUAGCCUUCAUGAAAAAAGUCAUGAGACGAAUCGCCGUUUAAUGUAAUUCUGUACAUUGUGCAAAUAGAUUGCUUGCCAUUAGAUUUCCAUGACAUAGUCUUCAUAUAAUCGGCCGUUUUUAAAUGCAGAUAUUAAUGGAACUACCAUGCCGGAAGUGAUGCUUAUAUUACUAUAUUGUAAACGAGUUAGAAACAAACUGAUACCUAAUAGAGCCGUUUUAAAAGAAAUGUUGGCAUUUUAAUAUUUUGCCUAGAUCUGUUGUCUACAAUA